AUGGAAAAUUUCGAGUUAGUGUUCAUCCCCUCUCCCGGGCUGAGCCACCUCGUCUCCACCAUCGAGGCCGCCAAGCUCCUCCUCAACCGGGACCCACGCCUCUCCGUCACCAUCCUCGUCAUGAAGCUCCCGACCGACCAAACCGUCGACAACUACACCCAAACCACCCCAAUCACCGCACCCCGCCUCACCCUAACCCACCUCCCGAAUCACGACUUUGCCCCUUCCCCCAACCGCAUGCCCAUGAUCGACUUCAUCAACACCCGCGGGCCCCACGUCAAGGAAGCCGUCUCGGGCCUAAUCUCCCGUCAAGCCGGGCAAACGGGCUCCCGUGUCGCGGGCCUCGUCCUCGACAUGUUCUGCACCGUCUUCACUGAUAUCGCGGACGAGCUCGGCCUCCCGUCUUACGUCUUCUUCACGUCGGGCGCUUCCGCCCUCGGCCUCAUCAACUACCUCGUCUCCCUCAAAUUCGACAAAGGCGAGGACCUCACUCGCUACAAGGACCCGAGCCUCGACCUGCCCGUCCCCUGCUUUUCGAGCCCUGUUCCGGCCAAAGUGCUGCCCGGCGUAAUGGUCUCGGGUGGCCCAGUUUCCUCGAAUUUCCUUGGCUACUUCAAGAGAGUGGCCGACACGAGGGGGGUCAUGGUCAACACGUUCGAAGAACUCGAGCCGUUCGCGCUCGAGUCGUUAAAAACGGACGGGAGGAUGCCGAGGGUGUACCCGGUGGGCCCGGUACUGAGCGCGGAGAAUCAAACCCUAGAUGGCGAGUUGAAGGAGUGGCUCGACAGGCAGCCGGACGGGUCGGUGGUUUUCCUCUGCUUCGGGACGAUGGGGAGCUUCGACCGGGCCCAGGUGGCGGAGAUUGCGGCGGGCUUGGAACAAAGCGGGGCCCGAUUCUUGUGGUCGCUGAGAAAGCCCGGCGGCCCGGUUAAGCCCGGAGGGGCUUUCGUGCCCCCGACCGAGUACGAGGAUUUCGGGGAGGUCCUUCCGGAAGGGUUCUUGGAACGGACUUCGGGUGUCGGGAGGGUGAUGGGGUGGGCCCCACAGGUGGCGGUGCUUGCCCACGUGGCGGUCGGGGGUUUCAUUUCGCACUGCGGUUGGAACUCGACGCUCGAGAGCGUGUGGCACGGCGUGCCGAUGGCCACGCUCCCGUUGUACGCGGAGCAGCAGAUGAACGCUUUUUUGCUGGUGAGGGAGCUCGGGAUUGCGGAGGCGAUUAGGAUAGAUUAUAGGAAGGAUUUUGGUUCCGAAGAGGGCUCGUCGCCGGAGAAUAUUGUGGGGGCGGGGGAGAUAGAGGAGGCGGUGAGGAGGCUGAUGGCGGCCGACGGUGGUGGGGUUAGGGAGAAGGUGAGGGAAAUGCAGGGGAAAAGCAGGGCGGCUCUAGAGGAAGGCGGCUCGUCUUAUCAUGCUAUAACUAGUUUUAUUGAGGAUGCGGCCGCCGUCCAGCUGGCCGAACUCCUCGUGUCCCGGGACCCGCGCCUCUCGGUCGCCAUCAUCCUCAUGAAGCUCCCAAUCGACACCAAAACCGGUUCAUCCCCCGAGAAAACCUCCCCCGACUCACGGAUCCACUUCGUCCAUCUUCCCCCCGACGAAUCCGGUUUUGCCACGUCGACCGAGUCGCCCAACUCAUUCGUGGGCCGUUUCGUCACCAGCCAGCAGGGUCCCGUGAGGGACGCUGUGUCGAAAUUAAUCGAAACCGGGAGCCAGAUGAAACCGAGCCGUCUCGCGGGCUUCGUUGUCGACAUGUUCUGCACGGCCAUGGUCGACGUGGCCCACGAGCUCGGCGUCCCGUCCUACGUUUUCUUCACUUGCAGCGCCUCGUGCCUCGGCCUCUUUCUCCACCUCCAGGGACUCGUCGAUUUCGAAAAUCGAGACCUCAAGGAGUACGCGGAUACCGACGAGGCCGCCUCGAUUUCCGUCCCCACGUACGAUUCCCCUGUUCCGGCGCGCGUGUGGCCGGAAAUAGUUUUCGACAAGGAGAGCAUUUUCUUGGAUUUCGCUAGGAAAUUCAGGGAGACGAAGGGUAUUAUCGUCAACACUUUUCUCGAACUCGAGCCGCACGCGGUCCGCGCGCUCGUGAAUCUCCCGCCGGUUUAUCCGGUGGGCCCCAUCAUCCAAUAUUAUUCGAACGAGCACAAUAAACAGCUCGACGAGAUCACGAAAUGGCUCGAUGAGAAACCCGACUCGUCGGUAGUGUUCCUCUGCUUCGGCAGCAGCGGGAGUUUUGACGCAGAUCAGGUGCGGGAGAUCGCGGCCGCGCUCGAGAGAAUCGGGUGCGGAUUUCUGUGGUCGUUGCGAAAACCGGCGCCGAAGGGAAAAUUCGAGUUGCCAGGGGAGUUUGAGAAUGUGGGUGAGUUUUUGCCGGACGGGUUCUUGGAGCGGACUUCGGGGUUUGGGAAGGUGAUCGGGUGGGCCCCACAGGUGGCGGUGCUGGCCCACCGGGCCGUCGGGGGGUUCGUUUCGCACUGCGGGUGGAACUCGACGCUCGAGAGCGUGCGGUAUGGGUGCCGAUGGCCGCGUGGCCGUUGUUUGCCGAGCAGCAGGCGAACGCGUUCCAGCUGGUGA